UCGACUCAGGCACGUGGAUAUUUCGUUGGUGAGUGUAUUGCUAAUGGCGAGAGGGGAUCGAAAGAUGUUCUUUCGAAAUUGUAGAUUCAAACAUUUGCCGAUAAUAUAGCGUUUUUCUCUCCCAAAUGAGGGAGCAAACAAAUCAACACAUCCCUCGGCAUUAAACUUCUGUCCAGCUUUCUGCUUUGUUAAAAAGCUUUUUAGAGCCAUGAGUCAGUCCAUCACCGAGAGUUCUCUUCCGGAGCUGUCCUAUAUUCAGUCUGGCCGCGAGAAAGCCCUGCUGAAAGGACUAAACGAGCAGCGAAAAGCAGCCAAAUUUUGUGAUGUUGUGUUGAWAGUGGACGGCUGUGAGAUAGCAGCGCAUCGCGCGGUCCUAAGUUUAACCUUUCCAAAACUAAGCCAGAGUUUUUCCAGCCGUAAAGAUUGUCGAGUUUUUGAAUUAGAUGGUGUUAACCCAGAUGCUGUUGAAAUAUUAGUGGAUUAUUCUUACACAUCGUCCUUACACGUUCAACCAGACUUCGUCUUCCCUGUACUKGUGGCCGCGGGAAAGUUUGGAAUGGUGGAUGUCAUCGGCGUGCUGGAGACUUUCAUCAUUGAGAAGUCCUUGCCUCAGAACUGGUUGCACGUGUGGAAGUUCGCUGAGCGUUCAAACUAUUCCAGACUGUGCUCUGCUGUGGAGGAUUUUAUCGAGUCGAAUAUCGAGUCGCUCUUUCAUAAGCAAGAUUUCCUUCGUCUUUCCCGUCUGCAGAUAGAGCUAACUGGUCGACAUGGCGAUAUCAACGAAAACAUYGAACCGCGAAAAAUUUGYGAAAAAGCCGUCGAAUGGGUCCAUUCGCAACUCCAGAAUGAGGACACAAAUAUCAGUGGGCUUUUGGAACAGACCCAUAUAAUGUACCUAACACCUGAGGGCCAUUUGAAAGAAUGUACCCUGGAAGAUCUUGACAGCAAUACAGAAAAGUUCAUUCCAACMGAGGCUCAAAAGGAAUACAUACGCAAUAGCUCCACAGAGCACUACRUCAAGGCUGAUAGCMGAAGUAGYAGUGAUGAYGAAGGGAUUUUGAUACUGGAAGCAAAUAACAACAGAAAGAAGAAGACUUCAUUAGUGGUKUCRGGCUCCUUCAAAGUAAUUGCUGCUAUCCAAAGCUCUGAGAGUGAUUUUUUUGGUUAUGCUUUGGCCAAUGGUAAAGUGAUUGCAGUGUCGAUCCAUACACCGCUAAAUAACUCAUGCCAUAACUCGACUUCAAGUGAGUCAUCAGGCUAUGAAGACUGGUCAUUAAUUGCUUCAAUGAGCCGAGGUCGCUGCAGUGUUGGGGCUACUGAGCUUAAUGGGAAGCUGUAUGCAGUUGGUGGCUAUGACAGAGGUGCUUGCUUGGACAUUGUGGAAGUCUUUGAUCCCUUGACYAAUGAAUGGAUGCCAGCAUCUCACCUGAACUGCCAAAGGGGGCGCUUUGAGUUAGUUGUCCUUGACAACAAGAUGUAUGCCAUUGGGGGUUCAGACGGAAGCAAUGAUUUAAACUCUGUCGAGUGUUACGAUGCUAAUGCAGAUACUUGGUCUCAAAGAGCACCCAUGCUUUAUUGCCGUAGUAGCUUUGGAACAGCAGUCUUAAAUGGUCAUCUCUAUGCUAUUGGUGGCUACUCUGACUCUCAUAAUCUYAAGUCGGCUGAGAGGUACAAUCCUUCCGAAGAUGACUGGCAAGCCAUCACCCCCCUGAGCUGUGGCCGUGACAACCUCUGUGCUGAAGCGCUGGAUGGUAAGAUCUACGCCAUUGGUGGAUACAACGGAUGGACAUACUUUAACUCAAUGGAGUGUUACGAUCCUGUCACUGCCAGGUGGACUCCGACUGCGCCAAUGAAGACUGCCCGUAGAGGUGCUGCAGCAGCCGCCAUUGAUGGGUGCCUGUAUGUGAUUGGUGGCUAUGAUGGAACCUCCUUUCUCAAUACUGUUGAAUGCUACCAUCCUACAACUGAUACCUGGACUUGUGUGGCAAGUAUGAACACGUCCAGGCAUAAUGUGGGCGUGGCUGUGGUAGGAGGUAUGGCCUAUGCCGUGGGUGGAUUUGAUGGUUCUGCAUUUCUCAAAACCAUGGAGUAUUAUGAUCCUCGAGUGAACAAGUGGAACACUUUUGUUUUGGCUCAGUAAUUUGAUUAAUUUAUUAUGAAAGACUUUUUCUAGGAAACAGUUGCGUGAAUGGGUUUUUGAGUGAAACUGUAGAAUUGUAGCUUGAUCCUUUAGUUUUCACUGUUGUAUUUUGCAGUGAAUUAUAUCCAAUUGAAAAAAGGUUGUCAGGUUCAAAAAGGUGAAUUCAUGRAAGCUAAGACCCAAGGGGAUUUUGGGUACUCAGAAUUGUAAAUCAUAUUUGCAUAAACGUUUUAAGUUAUUUUUUAUGGGAGGUGUUGAUUAUUUAGUUCCAACAGUGUCUGCGAACUGAAAUAUUAGUACAUUCACAACACUGUAGUAAUUAUUUGCCGUUCCAUGAUCCUUUCAGUCUUAGCUUUGAUGAUAUGCAAGUAACUUUUUAAAGCCAACAAUUUUUUUUCCAAUUCAUACAUAUCUUUCUGGAGACAUUUAUCUUUAGCUUUGGACAAGUGAUUGAUUGACAACCAUAUUUUUUUUUGAAAUGGAUACCAAUGAUCCUUUCAGAAGGUUUUGCGACAAGCAACAUCACUCCAGAAAUUGAUAGGAAUAAGCAAUUCCUGUGUCUUUAGCUAAGUAUAGUUGAUUAGCAGGUCAGGAAUUAGUGACAGACCAUGAAAUGCUUCAAUGAAUUGGCAUGUUUUUUAUUUGUUUCAUGAGUGAAAAAUUGCAAUUAAUUUAUCCAUAAUUUUUUUUUCACCUUCAGCGUAUUAGAUUUUUCUUGUUGAACAAAACCAUCUUUGAAGAUUAACUGUCCUACUAAUUUAUUGGCAAAUAUAGCAAUUUAUAUUUUGUUUGAAAUCAUAUUAAAUUAUUUAUUCCUCU